UCAAUUUUACAAUGACAAACAUUUAGAAAACGUUAAAGUUUUCGAUUUAUUAUUCCUUCUAAAAAUGGAAAAUGCUGGAUACAAAGGAGAUCCCAAUGACGAGUAUGAACUUCGGAAGCGACCUAUAAAUGGAGAUGCAGAUAGAAACAGCGAUAAUGGUGGUGUGGUGAUCGAAAAUACAGUAAAUCUUAAAAAAACAGUCGGUCUUAUCAGUGGUACAUCUUUCAUCGUUGGAACUGUCAUAGGAUCCGGAAUUUUCAUCUCACCAAAAGGUGUUCUUUCGGAGACUGGCUCAGUCGGACUGAGUUUAAUAGUAUGGGGUGUAGGAGGUAUUCUUUCUUUACUUGGGUCUUUGUCUUAUGCCGAGUUAGGAUGCAUAAUAAGGAAGUCAGGAGGAGAAUAUGCAUACAUAGGCGCAGCUAUGGGACGUGUGCUAGCUUUUCUCUUUGCUUGGACAAAAGUCAUAGUGUUAACGCCAUCGAGUGUAGCUAUCAUUACUUUAACGUUUGCUCAAUAUUUUAUUACAUUUUUCCCAUACUGUGGAAUACCGGCUGUGCCUCUUAAGAUUAUAGCGGCAACUACGAUAGUUACUCUGACCAUCAUCAACUGUUAUGAUACAAGAGCAGGGGCCAGUGUUCAAGUAUUCUUCACAGCAGCAAAGCUUAUUGCUCUAGUCAUUAUUGUUAUAGGAGGCCUUGUUAAACUAGGCCAAGGACAUACAGCUACAAUGAAGACAGGCUUUGAUGGAACUGUCGGGUCGGCGUCGGGUGUUGCAUUGGCAUUUUAUGAUGCACUAUGGGCUUACGACGGUUGGAAUAAUUUGAAUUAUAUAACAGAAGAACUCAAGAAUCCAUAUGUAAAUCUUCCUAGAGCUAACAUUAUUGGUGUACUGCUAGUGACCGUUCUCUACGUUUUAGCAAAUAUUUCAUAUCUUGUUGUGUUAGGAACAGAUGGUUUGUUGGAUUCUGAUGCUGUUGCAGUGACAUGGGGAGAGCAAGUACUUGGAUCUGCUGGUAUAAUAAUGCCAAUAUUUGUUUUGUGUUCAACAUUCGGUGCCGCAAAUGGAUCCUUAUUUGCAGGAGUCAGAACACUAUACUCUGCUGCAAGAGAUGAACAAUUUCCGGAAAUAUUGUCAUAUGUAAACUGUCGGAGGUAUACACCAAUCCCAUGCCUAAUAUUUACAGCAACCUUAUCUUUAUUAAUGUUGAUUCCCGGUGAUAUUGGACAAUUAAUCGAUUUCUUUAGUUUUGCUGCAUGGCUGUUUUAUGCACUGGCUAUCGUUAGUUUGUUUAUUUUACGAUGGAAAAUGAAAGAUGCUCAUAGACCAAUAAAAGUGUUUUUAUUGCUGCCAGUAAUAUUUUUAGCCUGUUCUAUUUACCUAGUUAUUGCACCAAUAAUUCAAGAUCCAAGAAUAGAAUUUCUUUAUGCUGCUAUUUUUAUGGUCGGUGGUCUAGUGUUUUAUAUUCCGUUGGUACAUUUCCAACUGAUGACAGGGCGAUUUGACACAGUCACUCGGUUUUUACAGAAACUUAUGGAAGUUGCUCCAAGCCCUUAUGUUCCAGACUUUGACUGAAAAUAGAAAAAAAAUACAAGGAAACAAAUACAAAUACGUUUGAAUAAUAUCAUAGCAUGUAUAUUUCAUUAGAAUCCGUAAUUUUAAUUGGCUGACAACAAUCGUGAUGCACACCAAUUCCAUAUAAAAUACAACAGCUAUGACUGCACGUGCUAUCCGUGACAUUGUUAACAAUGCAUAGAAGAAAAAUUAAACCCCAGAAACUUGAAAAUACUCUCAAUUCCAUGUUACUAGUAUAACAAUGUAAUUAUAAGAAUUGAAUACUUCUUUUAAUUUUAUAAUUUUAUAGGGUUGUAAAAGCUUUGAUCGUGCGCAUAUUUUUAGAAUGAACCGAUUCUGCGCCUUAUACAAUAUGUGUUUCGGUCAACGCUUUAAUUUACACCCCAAUAAAGUUAUAAAAAGAAGCAUUCAUUUUUUUUUAUUUGAGAAAAAAAUGCAUAUUCGCACACGCCAUAUAAUUAGAGUUUUGUGUUGUCAGAUACAAUCAAUUCCAUUGCAUUAUUCUUAAAAUUGUAUACGGAACAUGAUACAUUUUUGUUGUCUUGGGUGAUGUAUACAUAAUGUGUAUUGUACUUCAACUAUGUAUUGUAUUACAUUUCAAUUUAUUGUUGUAAAAAUUUAAUUGUAAGCUUUAAUAAUUGUUUAUUUUAACUAUAUUCUAGAAAUAGCAACAUCGGAAAUAUGUUAAGGCUGUUUACAUGUAACAUUUCAGAGAUAUACGUUUUUAGUUUUUAGGUAAUAACAUAUUAUUUACUUUUGUACAGCUUAGCAACAACUUUUAAAAAAGUAAUAUAUCAGAGAUAUACGUUUUUAGUUUUUAGAUUAUAACAUAUUUUUCACUUUUGUACAGCUUUACAACAACUUUUAUGAAAGAAAUAUGUCAGAGAUAUUCGCUUUAAGUUUUUAGGUAAUAACAUAUUAUUACUAACUUUUGUACAACUUAGCAACAACUUUUAAAAAGCUUAGUAUUAUAAAGAAACAUAUGUUAAGGCUGUUUACAUGUAACAUUUCAGAGAUAUACAUUUUUAGUUUUUAGGUAAUAACAAAGUAUUUACUUUUGUACAGCUUAGCAACAACUUUUGAAAAAGUAACAUAUCAGAGAUAUACGUUUUUAGUUUUUAGGUAAUAACAUAUUUUUCACUUUUGUACAGCUUUACAACAACUUUUAUAAAAGUAAUAUGUCAGAGAUAUUCGCUUUAAGUUUUUAGGUAAUAACAUAUUAUUCACUUUUGUACAGCUUAGCAACAACUUUUAAAAAGCUUAGUAUUAUAAAGAAACAUAAAUUGCAUUGAAGUGAGUUACAAACCAAUAAUAUUAUUAAUAUAAUAAUGUUAUUAUCAU